UUGGUUCAAUGAUCAGCACCUCUUUCCUUCCCUUCAUGUGAUUUGUUGAAUUAGUGUCUGUGAGCCACAAAGGAGCUGUUCCCCUAAGUCCCUCUUGUCCAUUCUCUGAAACUAUUGAAGGAUGGACUGGAUUGAACUGGAACUUGGUUCCCUCAGAGCCCAUCUGUUCAUGGUGAAGUCAUGUGAUGAACAUAUUUCAAUAGAUAACUUUCCCCAAAGGCUUUAGCAUGAAGAUCUAUUCUCCGUAAUUUCCUGGGAAAAGAGGAAGAAAAUCUGCCUGGGGAACCUGCAGGUGUACAACUUGCCGCUUCACCCCCUCCCGCACCCCAGAGGUCUCAGGGGUGCUGGGUGUGAUGUCUGGUACCCAGCGCUACUGAAAACAGCUCUGGGGGAGCCUUGCAGUCCCCAGGAGAGAACUAGUUAAAGAUGCCAUGUCAUGGGCCCCAGUGCAGGCUCUUACAGGGGAGGUAAGGGGUAUUGUGUUGCGUUUGGGCGUGGAGCCGAGCAGUACAUGCUCUCAUUGCUGUAGGAGUUUGUGGAAGUCUUUGGAAGGACAGAUACAUGAAGAUGGAAAAAAAACACCUCACAGUGUGGUCUCCAUGUAGGAGCUCAUUGUUCCUCACUCUCUCCUGUGACAAAGGACAGGAGGGCGUGGCCUUUUCCUCAUUUUCAGGUCCUCCUGACUGUGUGUGUGAGCUGAGCUGAUUAAGAGGCUGUGCGAUCUCCUUUGAAGGCACAUUCUGUGACUCCUCAACAUAUUGUCACCUGAGGAAACAACCCAGACUCCCGAUCAGGACCAGGACCAAAUGGCUGCUUCUCAGGGACCAUUGACCUUCUGGGAUGUGGCCAUACAUUUUUCUCCCAAGGAGUGGGAAUGCCUGGACCCUGCUAAGCGGAAAUUGUACAUGGAUGUGAUGUUGGAGAACUACAGCAACCUAGCCUCUGUGGCUAUGUCAUCUGAAGAUGACCAGGCCCUUAUGCCAAAGUUCGGAAUACAAGAUUUAUUCACUGAAAUAAUACUGAGUACAUAUAAUGGAAAGAACAGUUAUCAAUGGAUUAAACAUUGCAAAAACUUUGAGCAAGAGUCAUAUCUUAACCAUUGGAGAAGCAGGCUUGCAGAGGACAAUUAUAAAAGUGGAAAAGUCUUUGACCAAAUUUCCAAUCACAGUACAGGUCAGGUUAUUCCAAUUGUGGAGAAGACACAAAAAGGAAGUCAGUGUGUCCAGAUUUUUCAGCAGUCUUCAAAUUACAAUGAACAAGAUAAUAUUCAUACUGGGGAAGAGUCUUACAAAUGGAAUCCUUGUGCUAGAAUCUCUAGUCAGAUAUUCAAUACAAAUAAAAUGAAAAAAGUCCAUAGUGGAAAAAAAUCUUAUACAUGUAAAGAUUCUGGUAAAAGAUUGAAUUGGCCUUCAGGUUGUAUGCUAAAUCAAAAAAUUCAUACUGGAGAGAAGCCUUACAAAUGUAAAGCAUGUGGCAAAGCCUUUAAAUGUCAUUCUUCUCUUAUUGUUCAUAAGGAAAGAAUUCAUACUAUAGCAAAAUUUUAUACACUCAAGGAAAAGGGAACAGGCUUUAGUCAAUCCUCAAGACAUACUCAACAUUAUAGAAAUCAUAGGGAAGAAAUGACUUAUAAAUGUUCAGAAUGUGGGAAAACCUUUAGACGACUGUCAACACUUUGUAUUCAUCAGAGAAUUCACACUGGAGAGAAACUUGACAAAUGUAGAGAACUUGGCAAAGCCUUUAGGUGUUCCUCCUCCCUUAAACUACAUCAGGGAGUUCAUACUGGAGAGAAGCCUUAUAAAUGUAGAGAAUGUGGCAAAGCCUUCAGCCACUCUUCAUCCCUUAAUAAACAUCACAGAGUUCAUACUGGUGAGAAGCCUUUCAAAUGUAAAGAAUGUGGCAAGGCAUUCAGUUUGGCAUCAUCCCUUAAUUAUCAUCAGAGAGUUCAUACUGGAGAGAAGCCUUAUAAAUGUAGAGAAUGCACCAAGUCCUUUGGCAGCUCCUCAGAUCUUACAAAGCAUCAGAGAGUUCAUUCUGGAGAGAAGCCNNAUAAAUGUAAUGAAUGUGGCAAAGCCUUUACCAAGUCCUCAUCUCUUAAUUAUCACCAGAGGGUUCACACCGGAGAGAAGCCUUAUACAUGUAGAGAAUGUGGCAAAGCCUUCACCGGGUCAUCAAACCUUACCAGCCACCAGAGAAUUCAUACUGGAGAGAAGCCGUAUAAAUGUAAUGAAUGUGGCAAAGCCUUUACCAAGUCCUCAUCUCUUAAUUAUCACCAGAGGGUUCACACCGGAGAGAAGCCUUAUACAUGUAGAGAAUGUGGCAAAGCCUUCACUGGGUCAUCAAACCUUACCAGCCACCAGAGAAUUCAUACUGGAGAGAAGCCGUAUAAAUGUAAUGAAUGUGGCAAAGCCUUUAGCCAGUCCUCCUCCCUUUAUUGUCAUCAGAGAGUUCACACUGGAGAGAAGCCUUAUAAAUGUAGAGAAUGCACCAAGUCCUUUGGCAGCUCCUCAGAUCUUACAAAGCAUCAGAGAGUUCAUUCUGAAGAGAAGCCUUAUAAAUGUAGAAAAUGAAACAAAACCAUUCAUCAGUGUUCCUGUGUUACUGUACAGCUGAGAGUUCAUAAUUGAGAGAAGUCUUACAGAUGUGAGGAGUGUGGUAAGUCCUUGACUGUCUGUGAGAACUUACUAAUAUCAGUUCAUACUGGAGAGAAGCCUUAUGAAUGUGAAAAAUGUGAAAAGCCUUUAAAAGCCAAUGUAUUACUGUACUUGAUCAACCUCAGAACAAAAAGAGACCUUACAGAUGUAGAGAAUUGGGCUAGAGCGUUUACCCAUAGCUUAAAAUUUACAUCAGAGAUUUUAUAGUGGAGGGAAGCCUUAUAUUGUAAAAAAUGUGAGAAAGCCAUUACUCUUUGGUCAAAUUUACUGAACAUUUUAGGAAUCAUUCUGAAGGGAAAUAGAAGCAAUAUAAAGUUUUCAUCCAAAGAUUUAACCAUGGUUGAAUCGUCAUUGAAAAUGAUAAAAUUGAGCCUUAAAAAUUAUGAGGCAUAUGUCAAAGUGUAUAUCCUUAUUUGUGUCUCAUACGACAUCUGGUAAUUACUACUGGAUCGAAGCCCAGCAGAUAUAAAGAAUGUGACAAAGCUUACUUAGUAUGCAAACCUUACACGACAUCAGAAUUCAUACUGGGGAGAAACAAUACAAAUUUAAACAGUGUCCUACAGACUUUAAUCAGCAUCUGUAGCUUAUUCCUCACAUUGGAAUUCAUUCUAGAGGGAAACCUUAAAUGUGAAGAACGUGGGAGAUCAUAUAGUUGGACCUACAGCCUCAGUCAAUACUAGGGAUUGUAAUUGGGUAGAAGUUCAAUAUUUAUGAUAUAGGAGGAACGACUGUCUAAAAAUAUAUAUAGUUUACAAAAAUCCAAGGAGUUCAUACCUUAAAAUGACUUUAAGAUGUAAAAACUUUAUCCAACUAUGUAAUUGCUUAUGAAUUUUAAUGUAUCACUGAAUUCACACUAGGUAGGUAGCCAAAAUGCCUUUCAGUAUUGCUCUACAUCAGAAUGUUAACUACAGUAUACUCCAA